AUGCCCAGGGCAUGCUCCCAGUGUGGGUGCACUGAAAUAGAGACUGAUCCUACCAGAGGACAUGCUGUGUGCACAAACUGUGGUACAGUCUUAGAGGAUCAGAUUAUCGUAUCAGAAGUUCACUAUCAAGAAAAUGCUGCUGGUGGUGCCUCGGUCAUUGGCCAGUUUGUGUCGAAUGAUGGUUCGAGAGCACAGUCUUUCCAUGGUGUCUAUGGGCGUGGGUUCAGUUCUGAAGAUUCCAGAAAGCUUACUCUUGAAAAUGGUUACCGGCGGCUGAAAGAAAUGGGUGGACAGUUACGUAUGCACCAGAGCAGUAUUGAGACCGCCUUUGGCUUCUUCAAACUGGCUGUGGCGCAGCGGUUUACUCGAGGCCGGAGGAUGGAGCAUGUUCUGGCUUCUUGUCUUUAUCUUGUUUGUCGAGUUGACCCAGGAGGAAGUGAGGAUUUGGAAUAUAUCCUUUUGCUUGAAGCUGCAAAUGUUCAUGUUUUGGGCCGGACUUUUGUGCAGCUGGCAGCCGAACUGUGUCAGAACAUCAGAAUUGUUGACCCCAUUAUAUACAUCCGCCGCUUUGCCAAUCAGCUGCACUUUGAUGACAAGCUGAACAGAGUUGUUGAAUCAGCCACAAGACUGGUGUCUAGAAUGAAGCGGGAUUGGAUGCACACAGGACGUCGGCCUGCAGGGCUUUGUGGAGCAGCUUUGCUGAUUUCUGCCAGAAUGCACAACUUCAACAGAACUAUAGAUCAGAUCAUCAAGAUUGUCAAAGUUUGUGAAAGCACAGUACGGAAAAGGCUGUUGGAGUUUGAUAGCACACCUUCGGCUCAGUUGACCAUCGAAGAAUUUGAUAAUGUUGAUUUAGAAGAGGAGCAGGAUCCUCCUUGUUUUACUGAGGGAAAGAAGAAAGCAAAAUUAGCCCAGUCACAGAUGAAGGAUGAGUUGUCCGACAAGAUGCUGAAGGAGUUGAAUAAAUUUGAGGAAAAUAUUAACAAGUCCUUGAAGAGAACGUUCAUGAUCUCCGGUGAACGAGAAGAUGGUGUGAAAGAAGUGGCUACAGCUGUUAAAAUCAUCGGUGGGACGACCGUCAAGGAAGCAGCUGGGGAUGACUGGAAGACGCCUGACGGGGCGGACGAUGCCGAAGAUGCCAUGAGUUUCACAAGUGAAGAUGCAGAUGUUACAGAGAAUUCUCUUUCUGAAGAGACAUCAGUUGUAGUGAAAUCUCAAAAGACUGAAAAAGUUGAGAAUGAAGAAAAGGAGAGUGAAGAUAAAAAGUUGGCAGUGGAAACAAAGUCUGAGAGCGGAGAACUUGAUCUGACUGGCAUUGAUGACGAAGAAAUUGAUAAAUUGAUUAUGUCUGAGGAAGAGGCUCAACACAAGGCCAAGUGGUUUGAUGUAGAGUUUGGCGACUACAUGGAAAUAGUCAAAG